AUGACAGAUAGUCACGACGAGAAUGUUAAAGAGGAGGUGGACAGCAUCGAUGAUGUUGGAUACUGGACUAUAUGUUGGAUCUACAUUGCAUACGCCAUCAUCAUUCUGAUGGGCAAGUGGGCAGACAUGACCGAUAAAAUCAGAGGACAGAGAUACUUUACCACUCCAAAGGGAUACGCACCAUUGUUUGUAGAGUUUGAGUACUUCUAUCAGUUGCGUCUAUAUGGAAGAAUCAAGGACUGCUGGGAUAGACCCAUUGCCAGUCUUCCAGGUGCAUGGAUCGAUGUUAUGCUCCGUACAAACAAUCAUUAUACCAAGCCUUUGUCAUUGACUGGAGUGAAGAAGAGAUGUUUGAACUUGGGAUCGUAUAACUAUUUGGGAUUCGCUGAUAACCAGGGACCUGUGGCUGAGUCUGCCAUCUCUUCGUUGUACAAGUAUGGCAUAUUUACAUCAUCAACACCAGCUGAGGAUGGUAUUACAGAGCCACUUAGACUGCUCGAGCAGGAGACAGCCCGCUUCGUCGGCAAGGAGGACGCACUGGUGUUUGAGAUGGGCUUUGCCACCAACUCUGGCUCGCUGCCCGCCAUCAUUGGCAAGGGUGGUCUGAUCAUCUCGGACUCGCUGAACCACGCUUCGCUGGCCACCGGCUGCAAGAACACUGGCACCAAGAUCAAGGUGUUCCGUCACAACGACACAAAGAACCUGGAGGAGGUGGUUCGCGAGUCCAUCAUCCAGGGCCAGCCCAAGACACACAGACCAUGGACCAUGAUCCUCAUCAUCAUUGAAGGUAUCUACAGUAUGGAGGGUGAGAUGCCCAACCUUGCCGAGGUCGUAAGAAUCAAGAAGAAGUAUAAUUGCUAUCUAUAUGUAGACGAAGCACACAGCAUUGGAGCACUUGGAAAGAGAGGACGUGGAGUGUGUGAUCAGUGCAAUGUAGACCCAGCAGAUGUGGAUAUCCUGAUGGGCACAUUCACAAAGUCGUUUGGAUCGAUUGGUGGAUACAUUGCAGGUGACGCACCAUUUAUCAACUAUUUGAGACAGAGCAGCUACUCGUACCUGUACGCCAACAGCAUGGCGCCCGCCUGUGCCAUGCAGGCCUACCAGGCGCUGCGCACCAUCGCCGGCGAGGACGGCACAGAUAUUGGAGCGCGCAAGAUCAAGCAGCUCAAGGACAACAGCAACUUCUUCCGCGAGCGUCUCAGACAGAUGGGCUUCCAGAUCCUCGGCGGUCGCGACAGCCCCGUCGUGCCCAUGAUGUUCUACAACCCAUCCAAGAUCUCUGCCUUCUCGCGUAUGUGUCUGGAGCGCCACAUUGCCGUGGUCGUGGUCGGCUACCCCGCCACGCCACUCACCGCCCCACGCGCCCGUUUCUGUCUCUCGGCUUCGCACACGCGCGAGGACCUCGAGUGGGCGUUGGAGCAUCUGGAGGACAUUGGAGAACAGCUGCAACUCAAGUACCGUACAUACUAA